AUGUCGACAACCACCUCCAUCUUCACCCUCCAACAAUCUCCCGCUCCCGACAACUCCUCGCAGCAGGUUUUCACUGUCGCUCUAAAACCCGCACCUGUGCCCGGCCACACCCAUGUUCAUUCUGCCACGAACGACACAGAGCCUGCGGCCCGCGACCCUCAUAGUUUCCCCACUUUCGACUCGACGACUCUCACCGAUCUCACCCAGCCCAUCCUCUACCUCCCGCCCCUUCUCUCCUCGCUCCCCGAACGCUUUCCCCCCGCACCGGCCCCCAAUGCCGAGUACCCGCCCCUCGUAACGGAGACGCGGUUACCCGACAUCGACCCGGCGUCGCUCUCCCUGCACAAAGCAUUGCAUCAUUUUAAGCCGCUGAAUGGGGACUAUGCUGCGCUGCCGUAUGAGGAGGCGUUCAACUGGGCAGAGCUUGAACUCCCUGAAGACGACGAGAGGGAGUGGUACUGUGUCGUAUUCAGGAGUAAACGCAAAGCAGGGAGCGACAGUGGACCUCUGUACGAAGCAGACAGAAAAGCCCAUGACGAAGCAGUUCGAAACGGUGGUUUAAUCAUGUACUGGUACGGCAUCCCCGACCAAAAAACGGGGAUGAACCUCGCCACCUGCAUCUGGCAGAGCCGAAAACACGCCAGCGCGGCGAACUCACGGCCGCACCACGCCGAAGCGAUGAAACUCGCCGCCUCCUCGUACGAAGUGUACGACUUGGAGCGCCACGUCCUGCGCAAAGCCCCCGGCGAGCAGUGUGUCUUGAUAGAGCCUUACCGUGGCGGCGACGUUGGCUGGUGA